ACGUCAGAGUCGAGAGUCCUCCUCCGGUGGGUAGCUAGCUCACGGCGCUCUUCCUGCAGGGAAGUGUUGUUCACUCCCACAUCGACAUGGCCGCUGCUGUCAUGAUGAGGACGUGGAGCUGUCCGACCACAGGAGUUUUCUACCCAUGGGCAGUCCUUUGUGUGGUUUUACUCAGUACCAUAAAUGCGGUUGUUGCAGCACCAGAGACAGGGGUUUGGAAAAUUGCCAUUGUAAACACCUCAAGGCCACUACUGUUAAGGAAAUCAAUGUAUAAAGACACCAACAUUGAAUUGAAAGUUGUGUCUUUUGGCUGUCCUGAGGAGGUGAACUUCUCUAUUCACUGGUUUUUAAAAUACUACCCCUGUCACAAUGAAUAUAACAAUAUUGAAGAAAUGUAUGAAAGAACACCUCUUAAUCGUGGGGAGGGCCUGGAUCCGAAUCCCCUCGGACAAGGAGAGUACAUUGAACACAAAUACAGUCCCAUAACAUGUAACAGUAAACUGCACUCCUUUCCAGUGCUCAAAAAAGCCAAGGCGGAUCCACGUCCAGUCAGUCCACCUGUUCAGGGUGAAGUGCCUGUUGAAAAUGACACCAAAUGGAUUACCGAGGAGUAUGAUAGCAACACCCUGAACGUCAUAGCCACCACCUGGAAGGAUGGGCCUUACCUGCUAGUUGUAAAGAUUGAGUCUAAUAAACAAGAUGCCAACUGGAAUUUAACAGUUAAUGUGGUGAUGAAAGGCAGCCAUGGUUACAUUUCUAUAACAGAAUGGCCUCUCAUGAUUUUCUACAUGGUGAUGUGCAUAGUGUACAUCCUGUACGCCCUGCUGUGGUUUAUCUGGGCAGCAUGCUACUGGAAGGAUCUGCUGAGGAUCCAGUUCUGGAUUGCAGGGGUCAUAUUUCUCGGUAUGGUGGAGAAGGCUGUUUUCUGUGCCGAAUAUGAAAACACCAACGCUGUCGGCUCUGCUUCUCCAGGCUUGCUGAUCUUUGCCGAGCUGGUCUCUGCCCUCAAGAGGACUUUGGCUCGAUUGCUCGUCAUCAUCGUCAGCCUUGGUUAUGGCAUUAUAAAGCCUCGACUAGGGCAAGUAAUGCACAGAGUUGUGGGGCUCGGCAUCCUCUACUUUGCCUUUGCUAGCAUUGAAGGUGUCCUGAGGAUUACUGGGGGUCGAGACAAUGGCCCCGCUCUCAUUACAGCAAUUGUUCUGGCCGUGCUCGACUCCUGCGCCAUCUGGUUCAUCUUUGUCAGCCUGGCACAAACCAUCAAGACUCUGAAGCUGAGGAGAAACCCUGUCAAGUUGUCUCUCUACAGGCACUUCACAAACACACUAAUAUUUGCCGUCAUUGCUUCCAUCAUUUUCAUGGGUUGGAUAGCAAAGAAAUUCCGGCUAGCAGAAUGCCAGUCUGAUUGGAUUGAGCUGUGGGUGGAAGAUGCUUUCUGGAGGUUCUUGUUCUCCGCCAUUCUGUUCGUCAUAAUGUUUUUAUGGAGACCGUCUGCAAACAACCAGAGGUACGCUUUCACACCUCUCAUUGAUGACUCUGACGAUGAGGAGAUUGAGGAGUUCGCCUCUACAAACAUUGCAGAUGGCAUAAAGUUGAGAGCGUCUAAACACGAGACAAAUGGCACAGUGAAGCCUGCAGAAAUAAACCCAGAGGAAGACUUGAAGUGGGUGGAGGAUAACAUUCCUAGCUCUCUUGCUGAUGUAGCUCUACCAGUCCUGCUUGACUCAGAUGAGGAAAUCAUGACAACCAGAUAUGAGAUGUCAAAGCUGGAGUGAGGCAACACAUUUCCAAACAUGGAGGGAGAACACAACUAUCCCUGACUCUGCUGCAGGGUUUUCUCCAGGAUUUCCAGUCGGGUGGUGGAGUGCCAUUUAGUUUUUCAGAGGAUCUUCCCAUACAGCAUCUACUUUACAGGUGGAUGCAGGCCACAAUUUAGAGGAAGCUCUGCUCAUUUCCUUAACUUCGCAAAGAGCAAAGGACUCUACCAGAGGAAAACUGUCUUUUCACUAACCAACUGGUUCACUAUUUCCCUGAUUAUGACCAGUUUUGAGCCUUUCUUUCCAAAGAGAAUGUUUCCUUCAAGUGCUGUAUUUAUGUCUGUUAUGUUCAUGUGACUUUUAUGUUAUCAGAGAAUUAAGAACAGUGGGCCUCAUGCAUGAACACACUCUCAAAUAUAUUUUAAGUGUUUUUUUUGCAGAUAUCUAGAUGUUAUUGGUUGGUUGUGAUAAAAUAGGAUUCUUAUUUAUGAUGGGAAAAUAAUUAAAAGGCCCUUUUUCUCAGUAAUUAACACCAAGAAUGAUUUAUCAAAGCUAAUUUUGCAGCCCAAAGAGAGACAGAAUUUUACUUCCAUGUGUUUAUUAAUUCACUUCAAACUGGAUCUUUCUUUAUAUAAAUACAUAAUGUUGAAGUUUGGUAAACAUGUUUUGGAUGUGACUGAGGCAUACUUCUCUUUUUUUCUGUUUGCCAACAUUAAAAUCUGAGAGGAGAAAAAAAAAAAUGAAACAUGUUGACUUUGAAUAGGACAUUUGCUCUUAUGCACCUUGAAGAUCAAAGCUGUGCCUACAUGUAGUUCUUGUAUGAGGCCUAAACUGUUCAGUUAAUUUAGAAUAAUGUGUAUGAAAGUGUCUUUCAUGAGUCCGGCAUCCUCAGUAUUGGUGUGUGAAAGAGUGUGAGGGGGAUGAAGCACAAACAAGUGGUUUGUGCAAUUUGAAUUUAAAUGUAACUGGGUUCAGAAGUGUACAAUUGGGCGUUUGCAGUCAUGGUUUAGAUCUGCUGUACUGUAUGUGUGUGUGUGGGUGGGUGGGCAGGUUUUGUGUCUUCUGACAAUGAGCAAUAUUUAUGUUAAUAUGGAGUUAAAUCAUUUCAUUAUUUAUUUGUUUCAAGUGUACUUAUAAGUUAAAGAGUGUGUUCACCUAUGUUUACUCUCAAGUGUGUUUACAAUGUGUGCUUCCAUUCUUUUUAUUACAUUGAAGUCCAAACAAUCUCACAAUGUAUCAGACAAAUGGCAAACUUCUUAUUGCUUUUUCAUUGUUUGCUUUCUUUGCUGAUAAAAAAAAAUAUUGUGGUUUUUACAGACACCUUAAUAACAUGAAUGUUCUGUUAAAUAAGUCUUAAUAUUUUUUCUGAAAAUGGCCACCCUGGUGUUUUUGUCAGUGGAGUUGUGGAGUUGGAAUGCUGUUGUCAUCUUUGUGUGUUGUCUUGAGUAAAUGUUCUUGAUUUGUCUGUCUAGGCCAUUCCAUAUUAUGACACAUUAGAUAAGUUAUGUGGUUCGCAUAAGCAAAAGUUGAUCAGUUGGGUUUAUAAUGGCACUGUUCUGGUUUUUUUUUAUUGGUUGGAAACCUUGAAUAAUUGUGCUUAUAAUGGCAAGCUGUCCUGUUAUAUAAAACUGCAGACACCUGCAGACCUCGAUUAUUUGUACAGAUGGGUUUUGGCUGAUUCCUGUUAUUUCAUAAUUCCACAGGUGGAGAGGUGUCUGGAUAAUAUGACUUGUCUUUUUAUGUUUUUUGUCAUGAAGAACUGGGCUUGAACUUUUCAUACCAGCAAUUUUCUUCUCUCUUCCUUCUCAGGAAGUGUGUACACUCAGAUUAAAUAAUAAUCAAACACAGAA